GUACCUAGGUACCUAGGUACCUGGAGAAAGCUUGAUAAAAUUUAAACGAGAUCUGUCAGGCGAGCCAACAACCAUAAUAACCACUUCUUCGGCAAGGUCUUCCCGAUGACAUACAGCCUUUCGAAGAAUGAAUUUGUACACUUCAGGCUUUAAUGCCUGGAGCCAGCUGUGUUUCCACUCUUUAGAAGACCAGCGGCAGCAGCCUGGAGACUUGUACAAGCUCACCCAUGCACUGCGAGACCACAAGAUAAAAACAGUCGAGCCGUAUCUAGCUUAUACACAUGUCGAGACUGGCAGCGGGGUAAAAACUGCCGGCGCUGUGCCUGAAGAGCAUGCAGCUCUCAGAAAGCAGUUUGGGAAAUUUGCCUUGGCGGCAAACAAUAAUGUCCUAGUGUCUGUUGACAAAACUCACCUGAGCCAAUACAAUUCGAUAUACUCAGCGCUCUCGGGCAUGUCUCCGGGCAGGACGCACGAGUUCGCCGGGCCCAUAGAUCAGUUCGUGGCAUACGACGUAGGCUUUGCAGUGUUGACUGUCGCCGGUGAGGUCUGGACUUGGGGCGACGAUAGAUAUCCUGGAUGCUUGGGUCGCGUAGUGUCUGCUGAAAAUCCCGCAUCGCUCCCAGGGAGAGUGACCGACUUGGAAGAUCUUCCCACUGGCAAAAUCAUAAAGAUAGCCGCUGGCGGCUACACACUGGGAGCAAUAACCAGUGGCCAUGAUAUGUAUUGUUGGGGUGGCCACCCAGGUCGGAAGGAAAUCAUAGAAGGUGUUUCACCUUCUCUGGGCCCGGUACCGGUCGUUGUGGAGGAUGACAGUGAUGUCGUGGAUGUUGCGGUGGGAGAUUCGCAUGUGAUCGUGCUGACCGAUAAGGUGGAGGUCUUUGUGACGGGGGAAAACGUCAACGGCCAGCUUGGCGUGGGGGACUCUCUUGCCCAAUCGAAUGGCGCAUGGAUCAAGGUCAGCCUACAUCUGCAAAACGAAGUUCCAGUAGGAGUUGUCGCUGGCCCUAGAUCGUCCUUCAUCACGACAAGAUCGAAUUGAAAAGACAUGCCGCCUAUUCAUGAAAAAGGUCAUUCACAUGCCCCAAACCCACUUCUGUGC